AUGGCUGUGCUCGCAGCUGUGCAGGUCCCAUUGCCCAGUGUGAGUGGUAGUCACUUCAGAGAGAGGGCGGGAGAAGGACUGCCUGAUGAGAGUACUACUGCGCUCCUCUGUGUACUUCUGCCUACUGACUUCACUGUGUGUGGAUCCAGGGACAUGGUGCUUCUCUGUGUGAAAGUGAAAAGAGGGCAUUUUAAUGGAAUAACAGACAGUUGCAAUACAUAUGUAGUUAUGAAGAUACAAAGUCUACAGAGUUCCACAGUAUCCAGACCAGGAUGUGAGCCAUGCUGGGAGCAAGACUACUCAUUUGACCUCAAUGACAUGCAAAGUGGUCUCCUUGUACAAGUUUGGAAGUGUGGCUGGAUUCGAGACUCACUUUUAGGAAACGUGUGGAUUCCCCUUCAGUUGGUCAAACAUGCUACAGAUGAAGGAUCUGGAGAAUGGUGGACAUUAUAUUCAGAAGUCAUUACAAAUGGAGAUGAGAUUUCUGGUAUCAGAUCACCAACCUUGCAUGAGAUAUUGCUGGAUCUUUUCUUUGCAGUGCCAUUUGAUGGUAUGAUCGAAAACCAUGAGGACCUAACCAACUAUGAAAAUGAGGUCUCUUUUGACAGCGUAGAACUUUGUACUUCAUCACAGAAAUAUAUUCUUAGUACCAUCAAAAAAGAAACCAGGUACCGCUGUAUGUACUCUGUACCACUGUUAAAUAAUCACAAUUUACCGUAA